AUGAUUUUAGAAUAAGCUGUAUAAUAUAUAUUAACGAUAUAAGUUAUGUGAUGAGAAUGAAUAUACAAGGUUAGAAAAAAUAAGAAUUGGGUGUAAGUAUAUAUCAUCCUAAAUGCCAUUUAUGACAUCUUUUAAUGAUCCAUAAACUAUAAAAUAGUGUAAUAUUUUAAAGUUAUUUUAAGUAAUUUGCUGUUAUCCUUUUUCAAAGAAUAAUGUUGAACUUCUAGUUUCAGCUCUUUUUGAUCGAUUUAGAGAUUUAGACUUUUUCAAUUCAUUUUACAAAGCAAUAAAUGAAAUUUCUCAAUUCCCAGAACAAAAAGUGCUUCUUAGUAAUGCUAGAAGUAUAAAAUAAUCAUCAAGAAAAUCGAUUUUGAGGUAUUUCUAAUUUUAUAUUUUUAGAGGAGCAGGAACAUCAACAGUUCAAUAUUCAAAAUAAUUGAUAGAGAGUCUCAUAAAGGUAAAAUAAUUUGCUUCUCAAUAUCUAUUUUAAUUGUUUCAAUUAGGAUCUGAAUUGGAUAUUAAUUUAGAAGAACAAGCAAAUAUAUUUUUGAAAUUUCUGAGAAACACAAAAGAGGAAGGCUUCAUUACAGAAAUAAUUGAUAUCUUUUAAAAUAUCAAAUAGAACAUAUUCAGAAAUUCUUUAUGGUCAAUCUCCAUUGAAGAUUAAAUUGAAUAGUGUAAUUUAGAUAUGAAAAGAAUUUAGACUUUUAUACAAUCUAGCAUCCUUCAACAGUAACAAGAAUCGAAGUUCCAUAAUAUGAUACUGAUUCAGAGACGGAACAGUCUGAAAUUGAUAUGUAUGAAGUGAUAGAAGAAUGGAUAUGUUCAGAUGAACAAGGUUACAUCAAAUAAUAAAUAGAGUACUUCAGAAAUGAUGUUUAUUUUGAAUUCAUUAUGAAGUUAAUCUUUGAUCCUCUUAAUUCAUAACCAAUACCUUUAUGGGUAUUAGUAAGAAUUUAUAAAAUAGUUUAAAACUCUAAUAAAUGAAAAAGAUGACAUUAAUGAUUAUAGAAUAUGGAAAUCAGAUUCCUAGAAGUUAGAUCCUGUAUACAAUCUUAGAUCAAAAAAAGUGUUAAAGAUUAUCACUAAUGAUAAAAAUUUUGCUAUCAUCACUAAAUAAGUACCUCAAUUGUUGAUGAAAAUAUGUAAAUUAUAAUUCAAUUUAGUUUAUAUGAUUUAUGAAUCUCUUGCAGAUUAUGAGAAAAUAGUUAAUCUGUAACAUAUAGGUUUUUUGAUUGAUUACUUAUUUUUGCAAAGUCCUAAAUCUUGUCUCUAUUAUGUUGUAGAUUUAAAUUUGCUAUUUGCUUUUUCUUAAUACAUUUAUAAUCCUUAUUUAUUAAAUAUUUGUGAAAGUAAUCUUUAUUAAUAUACUAGAGAUGAUGAAUUUAAUUGAUGAUGAAUAUUAAUUAGGUAUGCAUGUUUAAGAAUUAUUUUGGUUAUAUAUCUAAUCUUCUUAAUUAUUUGAUUAUCUAACAUUAAUAAUGACUAACUAAACAGUAGACAGAUCUAAGUAGGAGAGAUCUUAUAAAUCUGAAUAAGCAGUAAUAAAUUAGAUUAAUUUUAGUAUCAUGUUAUUCCCCUAUUGAAGGCUUAAACUAACUUUGAUAAAUUACCUAUAAUUUAAGAAUCAAAUUUAAGUGAGAAAAAAUACUUAACUGAACUUUUAGGUUAAAUUACUCCAGGUAAAACUCCAAAUGAUUUUUAUGGAAUGACUAAAAAUAACUGGCAUUUGUAUGAUGAUAUACCAGAAUAUAUUUCAAGUCAAGAAUUUAAGUUUAAAGAUUUAGAUAAUCUAAAUGAAUUUGUAAAAUAAAGAAAUUAAAAUCAUUCUAAAUUUUAACAUAAUUUUGAUGAAUAAAAAUUUAAAAGAUAAAGAACAAUAGUUUUAACAUAACACAAUUCAGUAAGUCCAUAAAAUAAAGGAUUAUGUGGUUAAAAGUUAAGUGCUAUUGAUAUAGAUAAAUUUGAUGCUAAAUCUACACUUAAUAAAAAUAGUAAAGCCUUACCUCGAUUAAAUUCAGCUACAAAAUAGAAUAAAUGGAUUAAUGUUAAUUAAUAAAAAAAUUAUCUUAGACAGGGAACUCAACAGAAACAAUAAUUGCUUAUGAACACUUCAAUUCGAUUAAGAACUUUUGGUUCUGAUAAGUCUGAUUUUAGUUCUAAUGACGGAUUUUCGAGUAGUCGUUUGAAAACUAUUUAUCCUAGUUAUAAGAUGCAACAAGAGACUAAAUUUGAGAAGGAUUUGUAAUAAAUACAUAAAAAUGAAUCCACAGCUUCUUCUUGUUCUUAAUUAAUAAAGGGAUUGAUUUAAACAGCAUUUCAUUAUUGCUGGAGGAAAAUUAACACUUUAGGAUUAUGCAAAUAAUUAUAUAAAUUAAAUACAGAUUUAGUAUUUUGUUCAAUAAUUACAAAAAAUAAUUUGGAAAGAUUAUUUCAAAUUUAUUUAUCAUCUUUACAUUGUUCAAAUAAUGGAUUAUUAUCUAGUGCUGAUGAAUGUGGGAUGAUUAUUAAUUAAAUAUAUUCCAAUUAUCCUAGACUAAAAUAAUCUAAUUUAAUUGUAGAAAGUUUAAAAACAUGUUUUACAAAUGUUAUUGAUUUUUUAUGUAAGACAAUUGUAAAACUAAAUAAAUAAUAAAAUAAGAUGGGUCAUUAAUAAUUAAAUUUCAAAUAAUUUAUUAUUACUGAUACAAUAUUAUAUGGAUUUUAAAUGUUUGAAUAGAGUAAAUCCUAAAUUUAAUAGAAGAAUCCUUAUUUGUAUUUGAAUGAGACUGUAUUACAUAUUUUAGUAAUUUGGUAUUUCGAUUACAUUUAAUUGAAUAUCCAAUAGGAGUAAUUUAUCAAUUUAUUUAUCCUCAUAAUGACAAGAGCUCCAUAACAUAUAAUUAUGCAUUUAAUUUUUAAAUUAGGAUUCAUCACUUCUCUAUAUAAUUUUUAUUCAAAAUAUAGUAAAAAUGGUAUGAUAUGCACAACAGGUGUAGAAUCAUUUUAUUUACAUUUAACAUUCAUUAUCCAUAUAAUUAAUGAAUCAAUUAAUAAUAGAAAUCUAUCUGUUGUUUAAGUAAGUUUAAAUUAAUUGUAAUCAUGGUAAUCCUUACUACAAAUACUUCCAAAUCCAAACAGUAAGGCAGUUUUAAUAUUGAAUUAGAGAAUGAAAUGUUCUUCAAUUUUUAUACCUACAAGAGUAGCUGUAAAUUAAUUUCAUAGUAUGAAAUCUAUGGAUGGAGAAUAGAUCAUAGUUCCAUAGAAAAUGAUUUUAGAUUCUAUUAAAUAGAAGUAAUAAUUCAAAUAGUUAUAUCUAAUAGAUUAAAUGUGCCUACCGAUCUUAUUGAUAAAAAGAAAGGCUAGAAAUUUCUAAGUUGUGUCAAGGAGAAAGUUGAACAACAAAAAAAAGAUCAUUAAGUAAAGGCUAGAUGAUUGAUAUUAUAUAUUUAUAUAUUAAUUUAUAUGAUACUUGAAUAUGCUGUAAUAAUCUAACUUAAUAAUUAGCUAAAUGAAGAAGAUGAAUAUAAAAGAAUGACAAAUAUUACUAGAGGAUGUCAAUAAUUAGCACAAUAACUGCCAUUUUAUGAAACUUUUUCAAACUCUAAUUUAAUAAGAUAAUGUAUUAUUAAUAUUACUAUUAAGUGUUUUGUUGUUAUCCCUUUUAAGAAGAACCUGUAAAACUAUUGCUGAAUAUUAUGAUGGAAAGAUUUUAAAAUCUAGAGUUCUUAAAUUGUUUACAUAAGGGUUUGAAUGAACUUGCCCUAUUGUAAGAAUAAAAGACUAUGUUAAGUUGUAGAUCAGCUGGGAGAAGAAGAAAAAGUCAAUCAAAGUACUAAAAUAUUAUAUUAGGAUUAUAAAUUGGAUAGGCAUUCGCAAAAAAUGUAAUUGAAAGUUUGGUAAUAUCAAAACAAUUUGGAGUUACCUAUUUAAAACCAAUGUUUCUAUUAGUCUCUAAAUUAAAAUAGUCUUUAGAGAGUAGAUGUGGAAUUUUUAUGUCUUUUCUAUUUAAUACUAGAGAUCAAUAAAUUAUAAAAUUGUUGGUUGAUAUCUUUUAAGAUUGUAAAAAUGAAAUCUUUGGUGCUUGUACUUGGGUCAAUAGAAUUGAAGAUCAAUUUGAACAAUGUAUAGUAUAUUAAUUAUUAAAAAGAUUUCUAUUAAAAUUAAAUAAUAAGAUCUUCCAGUUCAAUUCAAGUCGAUUUAGAUUAACUUAUUGACAAUAGUGAAGCAACUGAAUCUUCUAUAGAAAUUGAUCCAAAUGAAGAAAUAUAAAAAUGGAUAUGUUAAGAUAAUAUUCCUAUUGUCAAUGAAUAAUUAGACUACUUUAGGAGUCCUGAAUAUUUAGAAUUAAUUUUUAAAUACAUUUUCGAUCCAAAUCAUUUAUCUACUAUACAUGAAUGGGUAUUUAUACUUUUAUAUCUACAGUCCCAUCACUAUAGUCAUGUAAAAGUUAAGCAUAAUUAUAAAUCAAGGAAACCUGAUCAAACUUAAGAUAUAGAUUAAUUAUGUCUUAUUCGUUCUUUGAAAACUCUAAAAUUACUGAUUCACGAAAAUAAUUAUACUGUAAUUAGUAAAUUAGUACCAUAAUUCAUUAUAAAAUUAUGUAUAAUUUUAAAUAUUAAUUUAGUUCAUGGCAUUUAUGAUGCUCUAAAUGACAAAGAUAAGAAUGUAGAUCUUAAUUAAAUUACUCUAUUAUUGGAUUCUCUAUUAUAAGUAAAUCGCAGAUAAUCUAUAUUAUUAAUUAUUGAAUUAAAUCUUAUGUUUUAGUUUGUAUCUUUGAUGUAUAAUGAAAAUAUUGAAAUACUUGUGUAAAGUAAAAUGUUUAAACAUAUUGCUUAGAAAUAAUAAUGGAUGAAUAUGAAAUGGGAAAUUAUGUAUUUGAAUAAUUUUGGUAAUAUUUAGAAUGCACUAAUUGGAUAUAAUAUUUUUUAUUUUUGUCUUUGAAAAUGAAAGUAGAUACUUUCAAAGCUAAUAAAAACAAUUAAAGUGAUAAGACAGUAAACAUUACAGGGUUAUUAAAAUCUUAAGUAAAUUUUGAUCGUUUUAAUAAUAAUACUGAAAUUGAUCUUAAUGAAAAGAAGAAACUUACUGAUUUCUUAGGAUAAAUGUAACCAGGUAAGAAUUAUAUAUAAUAAUAUGGAAUGAAUUAAUUAAAUUGGCAUUUAAAUUAAAAUAUACGUGAAUAUUUAUUUGCAAGUGAAGUUGAAGGAAAGGAUAUUGAUAAUCUUAGAUUAUUCAUAAAUGAAAGAUAAAAAUAUCAAUCGAUUGUUUAAAUUUCUAUUAAAGAAAAACAUUUUAUUAAAUAAAUAAUAAAAAAUGAUACAUUACUAAUUAGACCCAAUAGUAGAAGAAAUAUUAAAUAAACUUUGUAAUAAAAGAAUUUAACAAAUCUUUAAAUUGCUUAAACAAUUAAUUAAUUACCAAGAUUAACUAUUGGAAAUCAAGAACUUUAAAAAUGGAUUUAACCUUCAAAGGUUACUAGCAAUAUUAGUAUUGGUCAAAUUUCAAGAAAAAGCCCAAGAUUAUUUCCUGUUAAAACUGAAUAAAGUGUUGAUAUUUCUUCAUUUUAUGAAGGCUUUUCAAGUGGAAGAUUAAAAGGAUUGUAUCCAAGUCCUAAAAUAUCAAUCUAAUCUAGUAGUUUUGAAAGAAAAGCAAUUAAAUAUGCAUCUGAUAUAUCUUUAUUACCAUCCUGUAUAUCUAUCUUGAAAAUUCUUAUUCAAAAUGUUUUUCAAAAUAUGACUAAUUUGACUUAAACAGAUAAAAAAUAACAAUAGCGAAUUAAAAUAGAAUAAGAUUUUAUUUUACCAUAAUUUUUCAAUAAUGAAAUAUUAACAUAAAUAUUUAGAGUCUAUUUAUAUGACAUUAAUAAUAAUGAUAAAUCUAUAUCAGAGAUUUCAUGUGAAUGUGGAUUAAUAAUAAAUUAAAUUUAUUUAAAUUGUCUUUAACAUUCUGAACUUCAUUCAUUUAAAAGAUCUUUGAAAGAUUGUUUUUAUGAAAUUGGAGAUUAUAUUUGUAAAGUAAUUGUAAAAUUGCAUGAUGAUUCAUCUUCGAAAUUUAAACGAUAAUUAUUAAUUACUACUCUUUAAUAAGGUUUAAUGUUAUUUGGUGAAUAAUAAGAUACUCCAAAAAAUGUAUUUAGUUUAAUGAAUGAUACAUUAUUGCAUUUACUUAUAGUUUGGUUUUUUGAUAGUGAUUAAUCCAAUUUAUAUUAAUAAGCAUUUGUAAAGUAUAUUUAAAAAUCUUAUUUUAGAUUAUUUUCAGUAAUCUUUUCGAGAGGUCCUUCAUAUUUGCUUGGUAAUAUACUAUUCAAACUUGGAUUAAUUAGUUCAUUAAAAAAUGCCUACUUUAAUUUUUUUGUAAAUAGUAUUAAAUUUACAAAUGGGGUUGAAAGUUUGUUUUUCUAUGUGAGUGUACUUAUCUACGCAAUAUAAAAAUCAUUAAAUUUAAGAAAAAUAUAGUCAAUUUUAAACAAUUUAGAACCUUUAAAUUCUUGGAAAUCUUUAAAGGAUAUAAAAAUAGAUAAUAAUUCUCAAUUUGUUUAAUAAAUCGAUUUAAUAAUAUUGGAAAAUGAUGGAAGAACUCCUAGAUAAAUAAUUAAAAAGAAAACAAUCACAAUUCCAAAUAAAAAUAUCAUGCAAAGUAGGAAAUCUUAAGUAGUUAUGCUUAAUAGUCAUAAGUAAAUUAUUUAAAUUUAUAAGAUUUUCGAUGUAAUAAACGGCUAAUGAUUUAGUAAAUUUAAUGAAAGCUAAGGAUAAAUUAAUUCUUAAUUAGAAAAGAAGUAUACAUUUUUGA